GUGCCUUCUGGGGUCAGGAAGACAAAGGAGGCCAGGUGGUGAGGGCGGCGAGGAACCUCGGUCGCACCGGGCGCUCAGGAAUCCGAGGCUCACCGCCCACAGGCUUGACGUUUUCUGAGAAGAAAGCUCAGUCCGUGGGUAACAAGGUGACUUCUGAACUAUGACUGCCAACAAUUCCUCCUGCAAUCCUAUUCUGACACCCCACUUAACCAGGCUCUAUGGCACGGUGCUCGUGGGGGGGCUGGCGGGCGUCAUCUCCAUUCUGUUCCUGCUGGUGAAGAUGAACACCCGUUCUGUGACCACCACGGCCGUCGUUAACCUGGUGGUGGUCCACAGCGUCUUCCUGCUGACGGUGCCGUUCCGCCUGACCUACCUCAUCCAGCAGAAGUGGACAUUUGGGUUGUCCUUCUGUAAGUUUGUGAGCGCCAUGCUGCACAUCCACAUGUACCUCACGUUCCUGUUCUACGUGGUGAUCCUGGUCAUCAGGUACCUCAUGUUCUUCAAGCACAAGGACAAGGUGGAAUUCUACAGAAAACUGCAUGCUGUGGCUGCCAGCACCGGCCUGUGGGUGCUGGUGAUUGUCAUUGUGGUGCCGCUGAUUGUCUCUCAGUAUGGAAGUAUGCAGGACUAUGAUAAGGAGCAGUGUUUUAACUUCCACAAAGAGCUUACUGAAACAUAUGCACAAAUCAUCAACUAUUUGAUAGUCAUCAUCGUCAUAGCCGUUGCGCUGAUUCUGUUGGUCUUCCAGAUCUUCAUCAUCAUCUCGAUGGUGCGGAAGCUGCGCCACUCCUUACUGUCCCACCAGGAGUUCUGGGUCCAGCUGAAGAACCUGUUUUUUAUAGGGGUCAUCGUUGUUUGCUUCCUUCCCUACCAGUUGUUCAGGAUGUAUUACUUGUACACCGUGGCGCACUCAGCUGACUGUAACAACGACGUUGCCUUUUAUAAUGAAAUCUUCUUGAGUGUAACGGCGAUCAGCUGCUUUGAUUUGCUGCUCUUCGUUCUUGGGGGAAGCCACUGGUUUAAGCAAAAGAUAAUUGGCCUGUGGAAUUGCCUUUUGUGCCGUUAGC